AUGGAGGUUUUGCACACCCGCCGUCCAGCACGCUCGAAGGAUGGGUGCUUGACUUGCAAGCGGAGGAAAGUACGAUGCAAUGAACAGAAACCGCGGUGCUCGCAUUGCGAGCGACUAAACCUGGAGUGCAAUUGGCCUCUGUCUCGCCAAAGGGCUCCUCUACGAGUCGCGCCCCAGACUGAUGUAACGACGAGCAACUCGCAACAGCCUUACCCGGCCAACAUAGAACCUAAUGCUUUCGAGGGGUUUGACUUCGCCAAUCUCCUCUCGGAAGGCCCUACGGAUUCUGCAUUUGCCAACUAUAUUUGGUUGGAUCACGAUGCUGGGUAUGGACCACCCAAUGUGUCCACUGAAGGCUCCAAUAUUACGGCAAUCCCGCAGUGGCAACAAUCGAGCCCCUCCGCCGUAUCCACGGGACCGACCGAGAAUCAUCUACUAGUUGAGAGUUUCUUCAACAUGAAAGUUCCCCCCAUCCUAGAGCCAAUUGAAACUGGUCCAAAAUGGCUAUCAACCAGAUCGCUUUUCGAAACGAUGUCAGCCGAAUCCUAUAUGGUCCGCCUGGCCAUCAUGUCUUUCUCGGCUGUCCAGUAUCAGGUAUCGGGCGCGGAUCCACACAUGGACCAUCGCAGCUUUUACGAUAAGGCUACCAAAGAGUUGUCGCGGACCCUAGUCGAAUGCGGGAAGGAUGUCCAGCUCAUCUCGCAGCAGCUGAAGCACAUACUAGCCACUAUCUUCUUGCUGACAUACGCCGAUCUGGUUACAGAACGAGAGGACAUUGCUCACAGCAAUCUCAAAGAGGCCCAUUUGGUGAUUCACCGAGCCGACAAAACCAAGCUAGGAUCUUUGGAGAAGAAACUCAUAUCAUGGGUCCGAUUGCUGGAUGCCAGGGCCGUCUCUGCUGGCGGUGAAGGUCUGUUCUUGGCCGACAAAGUCGACACAGCUAAUCCGACACCAAACAGAGGGAGUCCAGUCUCUAUCCUUGGGUCUCGAGAAGCCAUUGACGCCGAAGUGGAAGAGGUCCUCUUCGAUAUCCUUUAUCAACCGGGUAUUGAAUUUUUCCAGAAGGUUCAGUCUUUCGUGGGAAGAAUUACCAUGAUUGACCGCUGGCAUCGUGGCCGUGAUACUGUGGAAGAUGAAACGGAAGUCAUGGCCAUUGCGGCCACCAUCACAAAAGAUCUGAGUCUGCUCUACAACCAGAGGCCCGCGCUGAUGGACUACGCCGUUGCAGGACACAUCACCGACAAAUUUCUCUCGCCGAAUCUGGUUCUACCGGUGACCAGAAGCUUUCAGACGUAUCUGGCAAAUUUUCAUGCAUGCUACAUUCAUUUACACCGAGUGGCGUACAAGCACCUUCCUCGAUCUAACAACGUGAGUACCGCCUGCUCGGUGAUUAAAGCACUAGCACACCAAAUGGUCAUUUCGGGUAACGCGUUGCCUGUGAAUUUGCUCUGGCCGAUGAUGAUGUGGGGUUGCGAAGAGGACGAUGUCCGAGAGCGUCAGUGGAUCGUCGAAACCAUUCAAAGUAUGGUGCACAAUGCUACGAAUGCAAAGCGGAUCGCCGAGCUCCUCGUCGAAGUACAACGGCAACAAGAUACUGGCGGCAUCAGGGUCGAUGUACGGGAGGUUUCGCAUCAGAUGUUCCAGCAAGCCUUCGCUAUUGUCUGA